AUGCUAGUCACACUCUGUGCUGGCUAUGUAUUUACAGCAGACUCAUGCGAAGGGCUUCGCGCGUGGUCUAUGGAGAGCCCGGAAAAGUGCAAAGCAGCUCAUGCUCUCGUGGCCCCGGAGUCGCAACCCUUGGCCGCCCCAACUGCACUGACUGCGACUUACGGUCCGGAGAAGAACUGUAUAGAAGUCGUCGUAGGGUUCGACGACGGCGUGCUCAGCGUAUACAAACUAAACACGAUUAAUUCGCGACUGAUUAUCCGUUCCCCACGGAAUACGUCUGCUCAAUGUGCGAUCACGGCCAUGGCCGCUUCAUAUCCUUACCUUAUGGUUGUUUCCAAGCACAUGGUGUUGUCACUAUAUAAAUUACCAUAUGGAGCUGGUGAUCAUGGUUGGGGGGAUGAGACCCAUCUUAUCGCAUCUUUGAAGGCGGAUAGCAUACUCGCACCAAUGUCGCUUUCUGUUCGCCUCACAGGAUCUGGGAUAAUCGCUUCAAUUGUCUACAGCUUCUUCCACAUUGGCUGCGGCUGGUCAUUAGGAAUCCAAGAAUUACAUUUUGACAACAAUGGCCAGCAGACUGAAUCACGACUCACCACGACCGUGGAUACACAGUACGGCGUGGGUUUGGAUCGCUUGCCCCAGUCGACGAGCGGGCAGAUCCCUGUAUCGAUAAUGCCUACUAUACUGCAUCGAGAUCCACCAACUUCCGUUUCAUACUCGCAUCCCUACCUCUUGACAUCGCAUGCGGAUAAUACUUUGACUGUGUUCCUUGUUGUAUCGACUGCAAGCAGAUUAUUUGUCAAGGGGGCACGAAGACUAUGGGGUCAUACCUCGUCCGUUUCUGCAGCACAAGUAAGCGACCGGGGAAAGGCAGUUUCCGUGAGUUCUCACGGAGAUGAAGUCCGGAUAUGGGAGCUUGAACCGUUGGUAUCUUCACUUGGUAGCCAACGAGUGUUGCACGGCGAUAGCAGCAUCAAAGUCAAGCCUGACCCUCAACAGCGCCCACGAGAUACUCCAGACUCAAACUUACUCUCUGCGAUGCUUCCCGGUGACCACAGCCAGGCGGAAUCGCCAUCUCCCAUAUUGCCGCCCAUGGUGGCGCAAGUGCGAGACUGCAUUGGGUUUGAUGAUGAACGAUUGCUUCUGCUCCGCGAGAAGAAAUGCGGGCCACAGCUUCUCGAGUUCUAUGACUUCAGAUGA